UAUGCUUGACGCCAAGUUUAUGUGGUUCGAGAUAUGUGAUGCAUAAAGAGACCAACGGCUUUCAGGUUUUAAAUCCACCUCUGCAGGGAUGCUCAACUCUUGUGUUGAUUUCGGCAUAUUGGCAUUCCAAACCUGCUCCUGCCGGAUAUUCAAUAAAGACCGACAAAUCAUGGAAACCGCAGGAUUUCAGGCCCAAGCUUCCCCGGAAUUAUCUCCAUCCCAAGAAUCCAUGGGGACAGCCCUCAAUGAGAAGAAGACGGGCAUUGAUACUCAUCAGCCCGCCAGUCAGGAUCAUCUCGGUACAGAGGACCAAUUCACCGGUUGCCCACCAAGACCUCGAGGUGAACUCGUAAAAUUCUGGAUAUUUGAGCUUCUCUGUCUAGUGGUCAGUCUUGGAUCUCUCUUCAUCAUCAUCAGUGUCCUGAAGACAUAUGACAAUCACCCACUUCCCAAGCUUUCAUUCCACAUCACCCUCAACACCUUUCUUUCCUUCUUCACCACCCUAGCUAAAGCAGCUUUCAUGAGCCCCGUGGUGGAGUGUAUCAGCCAGAGAAAGUGGAAUUGGUUCGAUCAAGAGCAUCCCAUAACUGAUUUCGAUGUUUUUGAUAAGGCGAGUUGUGGCGUCUCCGGGUCGGUCUUGCUGCUGAGGUUGCUCAAAGGAGGCAGUUAACUGUGGUUGGUGCGGUGAUAUCCAUUGUGGGCAUUGUCACAACGCCUGUCACCCAGCUUCUCAUCGAGUAUCCAAGUCGUUUGGUAUCUCCACCCCCACGCCCGGACACCCCAAACGCUACCAUUCCGGCUGUCCAGAACUAUCGCAGCCGUGUUGGUCUGGCUGGGCCACGAUCGCUCGACAUCACCAGCUUUGUUUCGGCCGGCCUUGUGCAUCCGUCAGGUUCACUGAUCAGUAAGGUGGUUCCGGUAUGCCCCAGCGGAACCUGUGAAUUCCCUGAAUUUGAAAGCUUGUCGCUUUGUUCCAAGGUAGCCAACAUUACGGAUCGAAUACGGGUCGGGCAGGUCCCCUUUUCUACCUCCCGUGACUGGACAACUUGGGAUAAUACGAUUGACAAGAACCCCCUCCUGCUUAACGGAACCCUGGCCUACAAUGUGUCCUUCCUUGAUGAGGAAGACGAGUACUUCGUUGUCCCAGUGUCCUUCACAUUGUACAGCUCGCGUCUCAUUCGAUCUAUUGCCUUCGCCGAAGAUAAGACCCUUGCCGCUGCAUGGGUGGCCGGAUACAAGGUUGUCUGGUCUAACGCUGGCAACGUCACAUACACUGACGGCAACUCAACAGGCUCGAACCCUUGGAACUGGCAGGCCUUCGAGAUGGCUUACUACGCCUGCGUCAACAGAUACUCGGUCCGUGUUGACAAUGGAACUGCACGCACAGUGACUCUGUCGUCGCAUGACGUGGUUGGGCCUUCAGACCACGGUGUGAUAGCAAUCAACUGUACAAUACCAAGACUGGUCAGUGGAGGGGCACAGAAGACACAGUGUCAGCAGAACGGGAGAAACCCCAACCAAAGGGUGCUCACACUCAAGGGCAGCCUUCCGACAGCUCAGGGUUCAAACUUUACCGCAGAUGUGCGGAGUUCGACACUCCUGAGCCCGGCCAUCACCCAUGAUUCAGCUGGUAUCUGGGCCUGGGAUGGUGGUGCGGUGAAGAUUCUGGUGGGAAAUGUCGCAACCACCCCAACGCUUGCUGAUGCCAUAUACGGAUACAGAACCGAUGACUUUGGAACAGUCGAAAAUCGGUUGCAGACCUGGGAUACCGAAAUCCAACGACAGAGGCUGCAAAAUGUGGCCACCAAUUUGGCGGUAAGCAUAACCAAUGGCCUUCGCUCUAUCAGAUCUGAUAUCAAUUCGACCGAUGGGGCGGAUAAUGCUUUCCCGGUGGUUGGCACUGUCCCUGAGGUGCAAACAUUUGUGCAGGUGCGCUGGGUGUGGUUGACCCUCAUCGUUUUGCAGCUUGGCCUCGCUCUGAUAUUCUUCAUCAUGACCGUGAUUGCGACCCGUCAUCUUGGUGCUCAAGUUCGCAAGAGCUCGGUGCUUGAGACAUCGUAUGCGCUUCACCCCAAUGGCGGGCUUGGAAACGAGGGGACAAAAACUCAGAUGGUUCGACAACACGGCAAUAUGGUAUUGUGACUGUCGUCUGCUGAUCCGCCCCAGCAAGUUGCAGCGAGACAAAAUUCGCAACCGAAACAGAGAAAGACUGAUGACAAUUUGAGCUCACAUGGGUAGCGGGGCGAAUGGAGCUUGGUGUUGAAAUCAGAGGGAAGGAGCAGGCGGGACACACUAUCCUAUUUAAUUGGAAGCCUAAGGUACUUAGCUGCUAGGUAGCUACCUUAGAGAGACGGUUGGCCUGAAGCAUAAGGUAUCUUAUCUAAUAACACGAAUAUAUCUGUUA